AAUGCAACGCAAGCACCUCGAUUGAGCAUGAAUGGGAAGCACAGCUUGUUUAUUUAGCUUGUUCCAGCUACCAUGCUUAUCAUCUGACAGACGCUAUGUUUGCUAUACUGAUACGAAUUAAGACGUAAGGCUUGGUGACUAAAAAUAAAUAUAUAUAAAUGUUCCGGCGACCGUAUUUUUCAACGAUAUUCCCAAAUGAGCUAAAUUAGCGGCUAAUGGGCCUUGAAUCCGCGGUGUUUGGGUGAGCCACAACCCGGGGAUUAAGGUGAUACCACCGUGCACACGUCUUGGAUCAUUGUAGAGUUUUUUUUGGCGCAUUUACUGUAAUACGUACGACUGGGAGCUAACCAUGUCACACACGGGACCACCUCCCCGUUGGCGGAAUUGCCCCAGAAGAGGACAACCAGUGGCUGGGAAAUUCCUGCCUAUGAAAACCAUGCUGGGUCCCAGAUAUGAUGACCAAGUUGCAGAGGAGAACCGGUUUUAUCCAAACAUGCUAUCCAACUACUUGAAGAGUUUAAAUGUAAAAAUGGGUUUGCUCGUGGAUUUGACGAACACGACUCGCUUCUACGACCGCAACGACAUUGAAAAGGAAGGAAUCAAAUAUGUUAAGCUACAGUGUAAAGGCCAUGGAGAAUGUCCUUCCAAAGAGACAACUGCUAUGUUCAUCCGACUUUGUGAACACUUCAUGGAGAAGAAUUCUUCAGAGCUAAUAGGGAUCCACUGUACGCAUGGGUUCAAUCGAACGGGCUUUUUGAUAUGUGCUUACCUGGUGGAGAAGAUGGACUGGAGCAUUGAAGCAGCAGUUGCAGCUUUUGCCCAAGCCCGGGCCCCUGGGAUCUACAAGGGUGACUACCUCAAAGAGCUUUUCCGUCGCUAUGGGGACGAGGAGGACGCCCCCGCGCCCCCCACGCUGCCAGAGUGGUGCUUUGAUGACGAUGAUGGGGAAGUUGAUGACGACGGAAAUGCAGUUGGUCAGGAAUCCGGGCCCAGCUCAUCCGGGUCAGCGCCUGGCAAACGAAAGAAGGAGAAGUUCAAACUGGGGGCUGUAUUCCUCGAAGGUGUCACGGUUAAAGGCGUCACACAGGUCACCACACAGCCAAAACUAGGGGAGAUUCAAAGAAUGUGUCAAGAGAUGGCCGAGUGGAACAAAUCUGGUUUUCCUGGUGCUCAGCCUGUAUCAAUGGAUCGACAAAACCUUCGUUUCCUGGAGGACCAUAGCUACAAAGUCAGUUGGAAAGCUGAUGGAACACGGUACAUGAUGGUGAUCAAUGGAAAAAAUGAAGUAUUUAUGAUUGACAGAGACAAUACAAUCUUCCAUGUAGCCAAUUUAGAGUUUCCUUUCCGGAAGGAUCCACGCAUCCAUCUAUCAAAUACUCUUUUGGAUGGGGAGAUGAUCAUUGACAAGGUUAAUGGUCAGCCUGUCCCCCGCUACCUGAUAUACGACAUCAUCAAAUUCAAUGGACAAGCUGUGGGACAAUGUGAUUUCAAUAUCCGGUUGCUAUGCAUAGAAAAAGAGAUCAUUUCUCCACGAAUUGAAAAGAUGAAGACUGGACAAAUCGACAAAACGAAGGAGCCCUUCAGUGUCCGAAAUAAGCCGUUCUUCGACAUUACGGCAUCACGCAAGCUACUGGAAGGCAGUUUUACAUCCCAAGUCAGCCAUGAAGUUGAUGGCCUCAUCUUCCAGCCAUGUGAGCAGAGAUACAAACCCGGGAGGUGUGAUGACAUCCUGAAAUGGAAGCCCCCCAAUCUCAAUUCAGUGGACUUUCGCCUCAAGAUCACAAAAGUUGGAGGAGAAGGGCUGCUUCCGCAGACUGUUGGCUUUCUAUAUGUUGGUAACUGUGACAGGCCUUUUGCACAGAUGAAGGCCACAAAAGAGCUCAAAUUGUACGACAACAAGAUCAUCGAGUGCACCUUCGCCAACAACACCUGGGUGUUCAUGAGGCAGAGGAUAGACAAGAGCUUCCCAAACUCCUACGACACUGCUAUGGCGGUGUGUAAAAGCAUCCAGGAACCAGUCACCAAGGAAAUCUUGUUGCAGUACGUGGACCGGUGCCCACAAGCAGUUCAAGCCCGCAAACAUCAGACAGACCCGGACUCUGAGCUAAUGCCCCCUCCCCCUCCAAAGAGACCUAACCGGUCGAUCCAAUAAACUCGAGUGAACUGGACUGGACCAUUUUGGACUUUUCUACAAACGUUCACAUUUGAAGGAAUUCAUAUCCACUUACCCACCUGUCCACAUCAUUACGUUUGAUUUUCUUUGUUAUGUUCUUUGUUGCUUUAAUUGCUGGUGUUCUUAUUAAAAUAAACAAACAAAAAACAUCAUCCUGAUUUUGAUUCUGAGCUAUUAGAGUCGGUCGGUUGGCUUUUUGUAAUGGACUGGAGUAAACAUCACCAUUUUCAGCGAAGCUUCAUACUCCGGUUAAUUGCUUUUAAAUUUACCCGCAUUAGAAAAAAAACAGUUUCUUGAUGUCACUUUGCUUUUGCAACUUGCGGGGUUUUGAUUUUUAGGAUGAAAAGGAGAGAACAUAAAACAGAUCUGGCUUGGAUGUGAACACUCCAAGUUGUCCAAAUGAAGCCCAUCUGUAGCUUUAAAGGCUGCACAGAUGGGCGGGGAUGUAACACAGUGAUGACACACGCUCCACAAACAGACAGGACAAGUAGAAAAUCAAGCUGCUGUAAAAUCCUACUGUGAUACAUUUGGCCACUGGUGACUUCUGUAUUACACAUACUACCUUUUUUUUUUUCCUUAAAAAUUUUGUCCGUGCAAGGCAUCGUCAAUUGAACUAGUCUAAUUAAAUUUUAUUUUUAUUACUUGAAUAUUUUUUGGUCUCAUUUUGUUUUUUUCUGGCUUGUACCUUUUUUUAAGCUUUAUUUUAGAGGUGAUACAUAGCACAAGACAAUGGAAUGUUGUAUAUAUCUUGUGUGUGUGUGUGGUUAGUCAUAACGGAUUUGAAUGAAAAUACUUGAAAGUGCAUACAAGUCAACUUGCUCAAACUUUGGAAAUUGUUUUUCUUUUCUUUGACUUGGAUGAAGGAAAGUUUUGUAAGACAUUUUCCAUGAUGCUUUGUGAGCAGAGAGUAAAUCGCUGCUUAUGCACCGCAAACGUCUUUUUUGUUUGUUUUUAACUAGGCAUGUGCCGGUAUGAUAUUCUGACGGUAUGAUAACCUUAAGCCAAAAAUAUAACGAUUUCAUGGUGUCACGGUAUUUCAAUUGCAGCUCUAAAAUGUGUUACUUUGAAAUAUCUGUUUUUUUUUUUUUUAUUUGUUUUUUUCAAUUGAACAGGAUUUUCAUUUUUCAAAACAUAUCAGCAAAUUGGAACAUAAGUAUAAUGUUAAGUUAAAAAUAAAUAAAAUUAAAAUGAAUGCAGUCCUUUAGGUGAGCCUAAACCAGUAGUUCUCAAAUAGUGGGGCGGGCCCCCCCUGGGGGGGCGCAGAGCGAUGCUGGGGUGGCGCAUGUGACCUUGGGGAACAUACUUUUUUUGCCUUACAAGAAUAAAGUGAAUUGCACAUCCACUGAGUGGGUGGCAGUGGCGCUCUCAUUUUUAGCAUGUGCGCAGUAUUUUUGAACCAAACAAGAGCACACAGCAAAGAGCACUGGAGAUAUGAAAAGCUAAGACGAAGAAAUACGACAAAGUGUAUGUAGCAUUUGGCUUUGACUUUUAGUACAGUGGGAGACGAGGAAAGACCAGUCUGUUUACUUUGUCUAAAAAUGUUCGCAGCGGACAGCAGGAAUUCUUUUUUUUUUUCAGCGAAAAGGUGCCGAAUACUGCCAACAAUCGUCCCGCUUUGUCAGUGUUACAUCAGUAAACCAGCGAGGACUGUCAGCAUCACAUUAGGUAGCAUACCAAAUUACUCAAUGCAAAAUCACCCAACACCACAGCAAAGGAGCUGAUACUGCCUGCAGCAA